CGGAUAUUCCGUGGCGGCACAAAGCCCACCCUCCUCCUCUAUAAAGAAACGGAUCACCCCAUUCUGAUUGGCACAACCAAAGCUCGCCUCGCCACACACCACCGAUCUCCUCGUCGCGUUCGCCUCCGAUUCGAUCCGGUUCUUCCAAUCCGCGGGAGUGAUGGCCACCAAGAGGAGCGUGGGCACCCUCGGGGAGGCGGAUCUGAAGGGGAAGAAGGUGUUCGUGCGCGCCGACCUCAACGUGCCGCUCGACGACGCCCAGAAGAUCACCGACGACACCCGCAUCCGCGCAUCCGUCCCCACCAUCAAGUUCCUACUCGAGAAGGGCGCCAAGGUCGUCCUAGCCAGCCACCUGGGCCGUCCAAAAGGUGUCACCCCGAAGUACAGCUUGAAGCCUCUUGUUCCGCGCUUGUCUGAGCUUCUUGGUGUUGAUGUGGUGAUGGCCAAUGAUUGCAUUGGUGAGGAAGUCGAGAAAUUGGCUGCUGCUUUGCCGGAAGGUGGAGUUCUGCUCCUUGAGAAUGUCAGAUUCUACAAGGAGGAAGAAAAGAAUGACCCCGAGUUUGCUAAGAAGCUAGCAUCUGUUGCUGACCUUUAUGUAAAUGAUGCUUUUGGCACGGCUCACAGAGCCCAUGCUUCAACAGAAGGAGUUACCAAGUUUUUGAAGCCUGCUGUUGCUGGUUUCCUCAUGCAGAAGGAACUUGACUACCUUGUCGGAGCUGUUGCCAACCCAAAGAAGCCAUUUGCUGCCAUUGUUGGUGGAUCCAAGGUCUCAACCAAGAUUGGGGUCAUUGAGUCUCUGCUGGCAAAGGUUGAUAUCCUCAUUCUUGGCGGUGGUAUGAUCUACACAUUCUACAAGGCACAGGGAUAUGCUGUUGGAAAGUCUCUUGUGGAGGAAGACAAACUUGAGCUUGCAACCUCACUUAUUGAAAAGGCGAAGGCAAAGGGUGUUUCUCUUUUGCUUCCUACUGAUAUUGUAGUUGCUGACAAGUUUGCACCUGAUGCUGAGAGCAAGAUUGUUCCUGCCACUGCUAUCCCUGAUGAUUGGAUGGGUCUUGAUGUUGGCCCUGAUGCCAUCAAAACCUUCAAUGAUGCAUUGGACACCACCCAGACUAUUAUUUGGAACGGUCCGAUGGGCGUGUUUGAGUUCGAGAAGUUUGCCGCAGGCACUGAUGCCAUUGCGAAGAAGUUGGCUGAGCUUACAACGUCAAAGGGUGUCACUACCAUCAUUGGCGGUGGUGACUCUGUUGCUGCUGUUGAGAAGGCUGGGCUGGCUGACAAGAUGAGCCACAUUUCGACCGGUGGUGGUGCGAGCUUGGAGCUGUUGGAAGGCAAGCCGCUCCCAGGUGUCCUUGCCCUCGACGAAGCGUAAGCUACGGAGCUAAUUCAGCUGCCCCCGUCAGCCUUCGUGUCAUUUUGUUUUGGACCAUGGUGUAACAUUGCAAAGUUAUGGAUCUAUGGAAUUGAGAUAGAGGCUUGUCAUCGUGUUUUGCUAGAUGAGUCGUGAAUAAGUUUAGACUUCCUUGCUGGUGCGAGUGAAGUGAUCGGAAUUCAAAAAAUUGGAACUAACAAACUCCCAUGGAUGUGUAUGAUAUUUUGUUUUGCAGUCUGCA